AUCAGUUUCAUGUCUGAUCUCUCUAGUAGGGCACUCCCAGGCGCGCCCGCGGACUCUGCCCCCCCUCCGUAGUAAAUAGGAAGACAAGAGCUACGUCGCGCGCACAUUCACACCUCAGCGUUGGGGAGCGCACCUCUGGGUUAGGACUACCGUUGGAAGACAGAAAGUCGCUGAAACAAAAAUUCCACAGACAUGGCAAACAAGGGUCCCGCGUACGGCCUGAGCCGCGAGGUGCAGAGCAAGAUCGACAAGAAGUACGACGCCGAGCUGGAGGAGCGGCUCGUGGCCUGGAUCCGGGCCCAGUGCGGCGAGGAGGUGGGCGCGCCCGAGGAGGGCAAGACAGGCUUCCAGAACUGGCUCAAGGACGGAUGUGUGCUGAGCCACCUCAUCAACAGCCUGUACGGCGCCAACCCUAAGCCCAUCAAGAAGGUGGCCAGCUCGGGCAUGGCCUUCAAGCAGAUGGAGCAGAUCUCCCAGUUCCUCGGGGCGGCCGAGCGCUACGGCGUCACCAAGACCGACAUGUUCCAGACCGUCGACCUCUGGGAGGGUAAGGACUUGGCGGCAGUACAGAGGACACUCAUGGCUCUCGGGAGUUUGGCUGUUACCAAGGACGAUGGCUGUUACCAAGGCGACCCUUCCUGGUUCCACAAGAAAUCUCAGGAGAACAGGAGGGACUUCUCAGACGAGCAGCUGAAGGAGGGCCAGAGCGUCAUCGGCCUUCAGAUGGGCACCAACAAGGGGGCGUCGCAAGCUGGCAUGACAGGCUACGGCCGGCCCAGGCAGAUCCUGUAAAACCCAGCCACAACCCCAGCCCUCCCCUAACCCUGCCCCUGCCUACAUCCCUCUCCACGCCAAAGCAAGGGUGCAUUUCUCAAAACCAUAGUUUGCUAAUUACGUUAGUUACUUUGUUGUUUGCAAUGCAGUUUCCCAUUGGCAACUACCCAAGUUGCUAACAGGGUACCAACUAUGCUUUCGAGAAAUGCACCCCAAACCAAGCUGCACUGUGCAUUGGUGAAGUGUUCAUUCAACACCUGGAGGGCGGGAACAACACCGGAAGUGUUGAAUUGGUCUCUCUGAGUGUUGAAUUGACACUGCCAAAUGUACUGUGCGGUGAUGUCAUCUCCCAGCGUCAUCUCCUUCCUAGUCCAUUCAGCCCAUCACUGAAACUGGAGUCGCACAGCAUAGGGACCAACACACACGCGCACACACACACACACACACACACACACACAUAGACACACACACACACACAAUGAACAUUGUGACCAAAUACUAUUGUUAUACAAUUCCCCAUGUUUUUUUUGUACAUUGUAUAUUGAUUAUUGAUAAUUUUGAAAAAAUAAAAAAAUACGUUUAAUUUUAAAAUGUACAGAA